AUGGCGAUACCAGUGCAAAGCUCCCCGCUUUUGCUCGCCGUCCUACUCCUCCUGUCCACCGCGGCCGCAGCCGGCGGAUCUGGGAAGCAGCCCCCCCUUGGCUGGACCCCUUCCCUGGCGGGGUGCCGCGGCACCAUCGCGGAGUGCCUCGGGGACGAGGAGCUCGACCUGGGAGCCGUGGUGAGCCGCCGCGUCCUUGCCACCUCCAGUUACAUCAGCUACGGCGCCCUCAGGGCCGACACCACCCCCUGCUCCCAACCCGGCGCCUCCUACUACAACUGCCAGCCCGGAGCUCAGUCCAAUCCGUACUCCCGUAGCUGCUCCGCCAUCACCCAGUGCCGGAGUUGA